AAAAAAAGUAUAUAAAACGUUGAUCGAGUUAUAAAUAAACUAAAAAAAAGAAGAUCUCCAACUACUUACAACUAGACAUUAUAGUACAGUAGAGAUUAUUUCUAAAAAAAUAAUAAUGAAAAGUGUUAUCUCAUUGUAUUUAUUAGUAAUUAUAUCAUGUACAUUUGGCGGUGAAUCUUAUAUACCAUAUACACCAUAUUCAAAUGAUAAUUAUGCUACAUAUAAUGAUAAUGGACAAUAUAACAAUAAUAAUGAUUAUUAUGGUGGAGAUAAAAAUCGUGGCAAUGAUAAUCAUGGUAAAAUACAUACACAAGGCAAAUUUAUAGCAUAUGGCAAUGCAGAUAAAGGAUUAAAAUAUCAUCAAACUACAUAUUUCCAUAAAGGUAGUAAAUAUCAAAAGAAAUUUGCUAAUUAUGAUACAAAAGGUAAAGUUCAUUCAUAUGGUAGACAAAAUGUAAAAGCUAAAUUUAAUAUUGAAAGUAAAUUAUAUUCUAAAGGAAAAUAUAAUGGUGGUAAAUUUGAUCAACUUGCUGGUACUGGAAGUGGACAAUAUAGUGAAGGACAAAUACCAAUUGAAUAUGCUGCAUAUGGAAGUGGUUCAACUUAUAAUGCUCCAACAAAUUAUGAUACUACUACUAAUAAUUAUUAUGAUCAAAACAAUGGAGAAUCAUCAAAUGAUAAUGGAUAUUCUGCUGACAAUUAUCAACCACAAUAUUAAAAAAUAAGAAAAAUUCAGUUUGACUAAUAAUAAGAUAUUAACAGAAAAAGUCUAAUACUAGUUUGUAAAGUGAACACAUAAUAAUUAAAAUAAAUUGUUUAAGAAUG